UGUCUUCUUGGUCUGAACUCUCACCAUUUUCAACUGAUGACCGAGUAGAAAAUAAGCAGAGAAGAAACCAACAAACACAAAAACAUUUAAUUAACCAAACAAACCCUUAACUCACAAAACUAAAAAACUCUCUUCUCUGCUUCUUCAUGUAGUAGUAGUAGUAGUAGUAGAUUUUCAUAAUUCUAUUUUCUACUCAACUCGUUGAUCAAACUCAGCCGAGUCCAAACCGAGUCAUGUCGAAUCACCCUUCCGAUACUCCCGCCGACGAUUUCCUCGAACAAAUUCUCGGCCUCCCGAAUUUCACCUCCGCUGAUGGUACUGACACUUCUUCCUUAGCUGCUCCGAUGAUGCUGCAGCUCAACUCCGGCGAAGCAGCCACUCAUCUUGGCGCCGGAGGUGGAUUUCAUGCGCCGGUUUACCAUUUGGGCCUGAGUUUGGACCAAGGCAAAGGAGGAGGGUUCUUGAAGCCCGAUGAUGCUUCCGGGAGUGGGAAGCAUUUCCGGGAGGAUGUUGUUGAUACCAGACCUAAGAAUACAUUUGAAUUAUAUAUUGCUCCAUUCUGAGGGAAAUUCAAAAAAGGUAACCAC